AUGUCUGAAAACUCCAAACAUGAGGAGCAGCCAAACGAUACUCUUGAAGAGCUCCGGCAAGGGUUUCAAGAGCUCCGACAGCAGUGUUCAGCAUUCGAACACAAACUACAAAUAAUGAAAGAGAAUAACGAGAGGUUCGGUCGAGAAUUAGAGGCGGCGCGUGACCAGAUGCGGAUAGUUGUUGAGGAGGUUCAAACAUUGCGUCUGGAGAGAAUGGAAAGGGAGAGGAGUGAGAAGACCCAACCAGAGUCUGAGGAAGUCAAUAUCGUUCUGGCGGACGAUGAAGACCUUGGAGCUGUACGAAGUCUUAAUAUGCAUCGGUUACUUCAAGUAGUGUCUGACAAGGCCGAACUUGGCAGCAGAUAG